GAGCAAUAUACGGAGUACGAGUAGGUUGAGGUCUAUUCCUCGACAUCCGAAUCUCCAGGUCUAUCCUUGAGAACUGAGAUUCUGGCACGAUUCUGACUUGAUCCUUACAUUCCAAAGGUCUGCAUCUACUUACUCCAAGAGACUCGACGCAUGCUGGCCCCUCAAGUUCGCCGAUCUUAGGUCGUUGCAAUCCCCGAAAGCUUUUGGUCACACGAGACAUUUCCACACCACCUUAGGCGAAAGCUCCUACUCCUCCUUCCCUACAACCCAAAAAGAGGGAAAGUUCUCAAUCAAUACCAAACCAUCAUAUCCUACUUGGUUAUAUCUCCGCAGGGCCAUCUGUCGAAAAUGCCUCCUCCGUCAGAAGUCAAAGACAUUGCACCACCUGCGGCACUCAACACCAUUGCAGGACAAGGGUUUGCCUCGGGAGUACUGCGAUUUGGUACCAUUUCAAUGAUCACCCAUUUAUUACUCAAUUAUAAGCCGGGCCAUCCAGUCUACCGCGGUCUAACGAUCCAAUUCAAAGUGUUUAUUCAAAUUAGCGCCAUGACGUUAGGCGGCUGCAUCUUCGCGGAGAAACGGGUGACCGAGUUCAACGACAGUGUGAGGAGGAGGAACCGGGCUCUAGAUCGGAGUCGUCGCGUGUGGAGUGAAGAGGCUGAAAUUCGUGCCAUUGCCGAUCAGAGAUAUAAGACAUAUAACAAGGCACCAGAUGGAGAGGAGAAACCGUCAGAAUGAAGCUCUUGAAUGGGGUUUCAGUUCGACGAGAUAAUUAAUCAUCAUGUCUGUCUGACCAGGCGAAACUGAGAGGGGUUGAAGCCGCUAUGCGUCAGGUAGAAGUGCCUGGCGAUCAUGAUUGCCAAUGUGCAUAUUAGAUGGGAAGGUCUUGCUUGACCACGGACAUUGUCGCAGGUAUACAACUCCCAUCGUCACCUGUUACGGAAUCAAGCCCCUGUAUGGAUUUACCCGCGAGGUGGUCGAGCCGUCAUAGGGCGGAUCGAAGGGUCAUUACCAUGGCCCGGAAAUAACGCCAUGCAUGCGAGGAAUGGGUUGGCACGAAUAAGACCCGAAAAUUGAAUCCCUUGGAGAGAGCACCACGCUUUGGAUAUGGUGCCUCUUGAACCAGGUCAUUCAAAGGAGACUCAAGCAUGUGAACGAGGACGGAGAAACUAUGAGCAAGUCGUUUCAAAAGCAGAGCAACAAGUCCCUUUGAGAUCAAGCACCAAGAAAUUUGAUAUCAUGUCAAGUAUUAAGAUUAUUCUAUGAGUGUAUGAUAUAGACUCGAUGGAUGAUGAGCCAGUUGUGUUGCCUAUGCAAUAAGUAG